UCUUUCACGGCACUGUAAAAUUACAAGAGUGGGAGAUGUUAUAAUUGCGCAAGGCUAUCGAAUAGGGCGCAGUAUUGUCGUAACUACUGUCACAUCAAUACAUACUUCGAACACGCUUUGUACAUCAUUAAUAACAACAAAAGAACCACAGUUUGUUUUUGAUUCAAAUAAUUUUAUUUUUCGAAAAAGAAUUCACUUUUUUUUUCUAUUAUCUUUGAUGUUUUAGUGAUUUUAAUUAAAAGUUUUCCAACACUUCUGUAGUUUGAAAACAAAGCUAAAUGAUCAAACAUACCAAUUAACUACAAAAAAACAUCAUUUUCCGACAAUUUUUUGAAUAAAAAAUGAAAGUGUAACGUUCUAAUGAAUAUUCUUGAAAAAAUUAAUGAAAUAGACAUCUACAAAACAUGGUUAGUUCAUGGGUAACCCAUACGAUAACAAAUGAAUCAACAACAGAAGAACGUCAGGCUAUUCUAUCUUGCCUCUUAAGAGUUGCUCAAACCUGUUGGAACACUGGAAAUUUCAAUUCAGCGAUGGAGAUCAUUGCUGGUCUUAAAUCUAACAAAUUGAAACGCUUCUGGCAAAGUGUGAAUGAGCCCACGCCAGUGUUGGAAUACCUUUCAGCGGCACUAUUAUCUUCCCAAUAUGAGCAAGCAUUAGCACGUGCUUUGGCAAUUCCAGAGUGUCCAGUUGUACCAUUUUUUGGUGCUUUUCUCCGUGAGUUGCGUGAGGUCAUCGUUUCUGUUGCAAAGCCUUUGCGAGAAUCCGAGGAGACACAACAAACUUGUCAAGGAGACGCUCUAAAUCUGGAUUACGUGACUUCCUCAUCAUUUUUGAGCACCAUCGUUGAUAAUACGAGUGUACCAACUGGUUGGAUUUUGACUCAUAAUGAUAAUUAUAGUGGUAGUGACGCUAGUGUUACGGAAAAAAAUACAAAGAAAUGUAGAAGUAUGAAUGAUGCGAGCACAAUUCUUGACAAGGUAGCCAUUUUUCAUCGUCAUCGUCAUGCACGCGCACGUGAUGUAACGACUGGAUUAUUACAGAGUACACUUGUUGUUCAUACAACAAACUAUGAACCUACAUAUAUGAGCAAGGAAUGCGAUGAUAAUGAUUAUCAUCUCGAUCUAGACUCAUAUAAGCCAGUUCAACCUCUUGCUGCCGAUCAUGGUGUUGCACUUUUUCCAGUUACUGCUCCAAAUCAUGGAAUGGAUUUACAUCUCUUACAGAUAUUACAUCAUGGAACAACACUGGUUCAUUGGGAUUGUGAAGGUGCUGGUAGUGUUAAAACAGCACUUGUUUAUGGACGUGUUGAUCGUGCAUGUGGCUCAUUCAUAUGGGAAAAACCAACUUGGAGUCCACUCAAAACAACUGGUUUUGGGACAAUUCCGAACGAAUAUACAUUGACUGUUAAUGUAGAAGAAAUAAAAUUUCCACCUGGUCUCGUUACGAAAUAUUCAUCUUCGCAAACGGAUUGUUCAUCAAUUACACUUGAAGAAGGUUACCUCGAUUUAAAUGCAGUCAAAGAAAUCAGUAUUGGUUGCUGUGAUAAAGAAAAAGAAACGGAACUACGUGGUAUAUGCAAAAAAUAUGGACUUGUUGGAUCCGAUUCAUGUAUUGGUCUGAUGUACGGUAGCAGUCUAUCUGAUAAUCGAAUCAUUUUUUUCCUUGGACCACCUACACUUAACAAAAUAUGGUACACCGGCUUAUGUUGGAUACUUCGUGGUCUCAAACGUCAAAACCAGCUUACUGAUAGAAGAUCACGAUGGCUCAAAGAAAAGUAUCUACAGACUUACUACGAUGAUCAUUGUUCAGAUCCAAUGACUGCCGAUGCAAUAAGAGUAUUUGGUGGAAGAGAUUGGUCGAGGACCGAGAGUAUUGGUACCCAUUCACCCACGAAUAGUAAUACUUUUCGCCAACGGAACAUUAAAGGUGGAAAAGAAAAAAAGACAAAAUCUAUCGGAAAUAUUCAUGGAUUAACAAAGGAAUUAAGCUUGAGACAUCACGAUUCAUCGUCCAGCUGUGGUUUAACAUGCUCGCAUUUUCGUCACCUUACUGGAAGUCGAGAAUCGUUAACUCGAAUGAUUCCGUCAUCACCAAAAUUGAGCAACGAUCGUAUACCAUUACGUAGUUCAUCUGGUUCAAGUGAAAGGGUAUCUGCAAAUCUUCCUUAUUCGAGUUUACAAAGUCUCCUUUGUUUGACAAGAGAUAAAGAGAAGAAUAGUGGCUCCACAAGUGCAGAUUUAUAUGCUACUGAAGCUGAAUCCCCGUGGCAAGUUAAAGCUCGUGCAACUUCAAUCAUGUAUGAGACGCAACAAAACUUUGUUGAAUUCGUUGCAUUAUUUAGAUCAUUUAGUUUGAGAGCUAGGAAAGAUCUUCGUGAUUUAUUCGAGCAACUUGCAAUUACAUGUCGUAGUCAGAGCGAUGGGUCACUCCGUGAAAUCAAUAUGCGUCCUUCCGUACCUAGACAGACAAGUGAUGCCACCCCACAACGAAUCGGCCUCUUGACUCGAAAUAACUCUAUCGAUUCUUAUGAAUAUCAAAAUAGUGGAAAUCUUCAGAAGAAACAGAUUUUUGAUGCUGUUGCCGCAGCAAGUAUUGUCAAUAAUUGCUCUGGUGUGGACACAUCGAAAUCGCAAGUUAUUACAUUGGCAACGUUCACAAAAUUUUUGGAAACACGCCAACUCGAAAAACUCAGCGACGAGCAGAUUAAAUCGCUUAUCAAGCGCCAUGAACCAGAUCCAAUAUUAAGAGGUCAGUGGUGUUUAUCAUUCGAAGGAUUCGCUCGCUACAUGAUGGACAAAGAUAACUAUGCAUUUCCCAAUGAAUAUGAGAUACCACGAGAUAUUGAAAUGCAGCAGCCACUAUCACAGUAUUACAUUGCGAGCUCUCACAAUACUUAUUUAACAGGUCAUCAGCUCAAAGGUGAAUCAUCGGUUCAGCUUUAUUCUCAGGUUCUGUUGACUGGAUGUAGAUGUGUUGAACUUGAUUGCUGGGAUGGUGAUGAUGGUUUACCAUUGAUUUAUCAUGGUCAUACAUUUACUACGAAAAUUCCGUUCCGAUCAGUUGUCGAGGCUAUCGAUAGGAGUGCAUUUGUGAAAUCACCAUAUCCAGUGAUACUUUCGAUCGAAAACCACUGUUCACUAAGUCAGCAAGCACGAAUGGCUCAAAUAUUUCAAUCGGUGUUCGGCGAUAAACUAGUAACAAAGUUUCUACAUGACGUUGACUUUAGUGACGACGCACAACUACCUUCACCCUCGCAAUUACGUUAUAAAAUACUUAUUAAAAAUAAAAAACUUGUUGUUGAUCCAACAGCACCACUAGCAGUACAUUCAUCAGUUAAUCAUCGUAGCAAAAUGUUAAUGACAGAUCGCGCAUCAUCAAUGAAACAGAUGCGAACAGACGUCAAUCAUCCAUCAGUUGUCGAAUAUUUUAGUGAAGAUGAUGACGAUGAUGAAGAUGACGAUGAUGACGAUAACGUCGAUGAUAAUUCGAUAUCAAGUUAUGAACGCUAUCUUGGUACUAAUCAAUCAUACAUAAAAGCAAAAUCUGAUAUAGCCAUUGACGAUAAAAUUCAAAAACAAAGUAGUCAGAUUGCGAAAGAAUUAUCAGAUUUAGUUGUUUAUUUACAAGCUAUAAAGUUCCGUGGUCUGAAUACAACUCCUGGCAUUGUACCAGUUAUUAAAACGCGAUACCAAAAUCAUACGGGUACUGUUCAAAGACACAGUAUUGCUGGAAUUGGUACUGGUGGAAUAGGAACAUCUACCGGGUCACCCCAAUCCUUGUCAACAUCUACGUCUGUUGCUAGUGGUGGCAGUAAUAUCGAUACACUAUUUAGAUCAGGAACGCGUGGUAUGCCAUUAUGUUUCCAAUGUUCGUCACUUAAUGAAAGUGCCGCUAAAAAAAUAUGUCGAAAACAACCUUUAGCUGUUGUAGCGCAUGCUGAAAAUCAAUUAAUACGCACAUAUCCUGCAGGCAUGCGUAUUGAUUCAUCUAACUUUAAUCCAGUUAUAUUUUGGGCAUUCGGGGUACAAAUGGUUGCAUUGAAUUAUCAAACUGACGAUGCUGCGUUGCAUUUAAACGCAGCAAUGUAUGAACAAAAUGGACAAUGUGGUUAUGUUAGAAAACCAACCGUAAUGUGGGACAAAGGUCACAUGAUGUAUCGUCGUUUUAAUCCAUGGGACAAGGAAUUUGAUGGUUUGCAUUCAGUUCAUCUGACUCUGUCUGUUGUCUCUGGUCAGUAUAUAUCACAAGCGAAUUUACUAGCAAGUACUUAUAUUGAAAUUGAACUUGUUGGAAUACCAAUUGAUUGUGCGAAACAUAAAACGAAGGUCAUACUUAAUAAUGCAUUGAAUCCGAUAUGGAAUGAAAAAUUUUGCUUCCAAGUUAUGUUCAAAGAUUUAGCCUUUUUGAGAUUUGGUAUUAUAGAAGCUAAUUCUCAUCACCUCAUAGCUCAACGUGUACUCCCAUUGAAAUGUUUAAAACCUGGUUAUCGGCAUGUACGUUUACGCUCAACUAAAAAUAAACCUCUAGAUUUAUCGACACUUUUUAUCUAUUCAAGAAUAGAAGAAGAAAGUCUCGAUUACAAUACAUGCUGCAGAGAUCAUAAUAAGGAAUCUAAGCGCCUCAAUUUUGCUAAAGCACCUGAAAAAUUACGUAGCAUUGAUCUUGGUUUAGGUAGCCUAACUUUAAAACGACGAAUGUUUUUUCUUAUGGUUUACGAUGUGAUACCAGAUGAGCCAUACACAAUAUUAAAAGUCACACAAGAGAGUACAACAGAAGAAGUAAUUAUUCAAGCAUUGCAAAAAGCAAGCAUCUCAGCUGAGCAUGUCGACGAAUAUAUAUUGGUUGAAGAAGUAUCCCGAGGAUGGGAAAAAAAAGAUCGUGAAGAGUUACCAACUCAGCGAGUUCUUGAUUCAAUGGAACAUCCACUUCAAGCACAAGCAUUGUGGAAAGGACAGGGUCGUUUCUUAUUAAAAAGAGUUGGUAAUGAUCCGAGUAGUCGAGCAUGGCUUGCAUCAAUCAGAAGCACGGCAAGCCACUCAAAAUUAUUUGAAGAACGAGAAAACGAUCAAUCGACUCAUAUAUGGGAUGAAGCUGAUACAUUUCUUGUUUGCGUGUACAAUGUAUCACCAGAAAUACCAUAUGCAAUAUUACGUGUUCCAGUUAAUAGUUCAGCACAAGAUGUAUUGGCACAGGCAUUAGUCAAAGCAAGAAGAAUGGAAGAUCCAUUAAAGUUUGCACUUGUUGAAGAACUUGAAUGGGGUGGUGCAGGUCCAGUUGCAACUAAUAAUCGUCAAGCAAGAGUGUUACGUGAUGAUGAAAAUGUCUACAGUACUCAGGCAUACUGGAAAACUCUUGGACGUUUUAUAUUACGUGAACGUGAGCAUGCUUUACCUCGUAAACAUUUACUUCCUGCAACACUUGACAGAUUAAGUAAAGGUUUUUCGGUUGGUAGAUCAGUAUCACUGCCAGGCUCAGGUAAAGAGAAAAUACCAGUUUCUGAAGCCCUUUCUGAUCCAACGUCUAGAGGUUUACGUCAUCGCUUACUAUUGACUAGUCGUAGACGAGAAGUACAUUCAGAUGGUGAAGAAUCUAGAGAAUCAGAUAUCCUUAAUGCUGCUCUUCAUUUGAAAAAAGUUUCUUUGAGAAAAUUGAGAGUCUGGAGAUCUUAGUGGUGAUACCAAAGUAUUUUUAAAACGACUCAUGUUAGCCCACUGACGGUUUCUCCGAUAGAUGAUUUCCUUUAUUUGAUGGUUCUCUAAGAUAAUACGAGGAAAUUAUUUCCAAAGAUCGUUGGUUAAACACGUAUUAUUGAAAUAGAUACUCAGGCGAAAAGCUGUUUAUCAGCAGAAUAUCGUACCUGCGUUAUGCCCUGUGAGGAGAAAUAGGGUUCUCCUUCCACUACUACUGUUCAAACAAUUUCGUCUAAUAUUUAGCCUUUCUUUGUAAACGCUUUCGUAACAACUAUUUUUUUCAAUGGAGAAUAAAGAAAAGAAAAAAAGCCAUGACCAAGUGACUAGUUUUAGCUACGGAAUCAAUUGCAAUUUGUUACAAGUUGCUAAUUCAAUUCUUUCAUAUGAGAAAAAAAAGACUAGUUAUAAUAUAUAAUUAUUCAAUAAGAUAUCAAAUAAUUGCAGUUAAGUAAAUAUUUAGAGCUACAUGACCAAUAUCAGCUGAGUUACCGCAGAUAGCUUCAUCAUCAUUUUAUUUAUAUGAUUAUAUAUAUAUAUAUAUGAUUUACUACCAAGGGUGUACAGGAAAAAAAUCAUAAGUUGAAACCAUUCAACAGUUGUAGUGAAAGAGUAACCCCUUGUGAACAUGUCAACGAUUAGUACAUGAUAAUACUUAUGAAAGUACGUAUCGAAAAUAUAUUAUCUCGAGUACUUUCUGGAAUAUCGAUUCAAUAUAACAUUAAACAAAUUUAAGAAAUAAGAAAAAAAAAAAUUUUCAUUUUAUUUUCUGUCCUCUGAAUGAUAAGUUCUCUUUUUUAGUUCUUGUCUCGUUAGUAGAAAAGAUGCACAAUAUUCUUACGCAACCAAUUUUCGAUUGUCAUUUGAAAAAAAAAAAUUAGAUUCUUGAACUUAAUAAUAUAAACUACUGAUUUGAUAUUUUUUAAUAACUACAGUUUGCGAACGCUAUUGAUCAUUGACACAAUUCUUUUGCUACAGUUACAUGUACUUACACCAGCAACGAUCAAUUCAAAUAUUAAUGCGAGCUCAAACGUACUCAUAUAUCUUUGGUAAAAUCAAAGUGUUCGUCAUCAAAAACAAUAUUGUUGUGCUGAAACUUUGUAAUAUUAUUAGUUUAAGGACAAUUCUUCAUGGUAACAGUUGUAUCAAAAUCAUUCAGUAUUUUCGUUUUAUCACUUAUAAUAUUGAUGAAAUAAAUUCAACACUCAUCAACCGUUCGUUACAUGACUGCUGAUUGGUUUUACAGCUCAACAAAUUUUACCGCAAUCAUAUCCUAAUAAAAAAGUUGAUCCCAAAAAUUAUUCAAUUUUGUUGUGUAUAACUUAAAUGAUAUAUUGUAAUUAUGUAUUGAGAUGGGUUUUGUGUGUUUAUUUUUUCUUUUUGAACAAUGUGUUGCUCGAUAUUAUUGAUCUUUGUAACGUCAAAUUUUGUUUUUCUCGAAUUUUAUUGAAUAUUUAUGAAACCCUCAAGCCGCACUGUUUUCCACGAUAUUCAUUACAUAUCUAUUCGUUUCUAAAAUAAUCGCACAAUAUUAUUAUUUUAACCAAAUACUUUCUGUUAUAUCUCUCAAAUCCAGUUAAUUUUCAUCUUUUGUAUUUCGUAUAGAUACACAAAUGUUGUUUUUUUUUUGUUUUUCGAGACAUUCGUAAAAAAAACGAAUGAUUCAAUUUUGGAAGGAGCUGAAUGAUUUUAUAGCUAGAACUUUUUGAAAAAUAUAAAAUGUAUCUCAAUUAUAAAAAUGAAAUUAUAAAGUCAUGUUAUUUUUUUAUAAAUAUCGGAGGCGUAUAACACUUAAAAAUAUAUUAUUCAGUUUCGUAAUCCGGAAAAAGCAAUCAGUUUUUUUUUUCCAGGCAGACUCACUAAUUAUUUCAUUUAAAAAAAAAAAAUAAAGCAUAUUUUUUCAAUCAAAUGUAUGAUGUGUUUACUUGUUUGACACAUGGAAACUCACUGGUCCGAUUUUAUUUUCGUUUAAAAAAAUUUCUCUAAAGUACCUUAUAAUAUCGACUAUUAGAAGAAUCAUUCUUAACUUUUGGGACCAUUAUGAUGGAAUUAUUAACCAUUUUUUUCAAGGUACCGAUAACAGUAUUACAGCUCUUCAUGUAUUGAUUGACUGUGUCGAAUUAGAGUUUACAAAACAUAUUUAUUUGAGCCCUGUUUUGAUGAUCGAAGGGUUUCGUAAAGUUAAUGUAGAAAGACAAUGAAUUAUUGUGUCAUAUUAGGCAGUAGUUAAUGGAUAUCAUUAUAUUUUAUUUUUUUAUUGUACAAGUUCAAAUGGAAGUAGCCAAAAAGUUUCUCAGGUUGCUAUGAAUUAUAACGUACAGAUUGGUUUAAUCAAUGUAAACACAUAUUUGAUAUCGUUUUUCAGGUGACUAAAAGAUUAAUAUUAGUUCAAUUGUUUGUAAGUUUAAAAAAGUAUUACCUCCUAGCUUACAAAAAAGUAAAUAUCAUGACUUAUUCAUGAAAAAUUAUUCUAAUUUACACUAUAAAUAUCUCUAUGAAGAAGAUUAGAAAAAAUCAGAAAAAAAGAACUUUAAUGUUUAAAAAUAAAUAAAUAUAUUGUUAUAUUCAUUUUGUUUUUAUUGAAAUCAUGAAUUUAUUCUACUGAAAAAUAGCAAGUAAUUUUACCUACUUGGUUAAGGCAAUUCAUUAAUAUUUAUUAUAUGAUUCGUUUCGAUUCUGAGUAUUCUAUGUAUACAAUCAAAUAAAUUAUUAAACCUAUGAUAUAUGCUCAUAAAAAUAUGCAAUAGAAGCAACGAAUCAUAAAAACUUUGUAAAAAUACAGGUCUAUUCGAUUUUUCACCGCUUCCAUUUAAAAAUUUAUUGAUUUCUCAUUUUCGUUUAUAACUAAUAUUGGGAAACCCCAUGAUAUGAAUCUGCAAAAAUAUGUUUAAUAAGGUGCCAUAAUAAUGUUUUUUACAAAUAAGAAUAUGUAAAUGAAUAAAUGACACUUGUUUUAUUAUACUUAUAAUAAUAAUAAACCUCAAUAAGUCAAUAAAAGUUCGAGUAUAUGCAAUCUAAUUGAAAUAGCAAGCGAAAAACUUUUGUAAUUUUUAAAAUAGAGACUUUUUAGCAUGAACGAAAAAAUUAACUUUCUCAUCUUCGAUUAUUUCAAGAAUAAAAUUGUGUUAUGAUCUAAAACAUAUACUCAAAACGAAAUAAGAUGAUCAAUAAAUGAAUACUUUAUUUCAAAAAUUCAA